AUGAACCUUAUGACGGACGAAAACAAAGGAAUGACUGAAAAAGAGAGAACGAAAGAGAGAGAACGAGAGAGAGAGAACGAGAGAGAGAGAACGAGAGAGAGAACGAGUGAGAGAGAGAGAGAGAGAACGAGAGAAAGAGAACGAGAGAGAGAGAGAGAGAGAACGAGAGAGAGAGAGAACACGAGAGGGAGAACGAGAGAGAGAGAACGAGAGAGAGGGAGAACGAGAGAGAGAGAGAGAGAAAACGAGAGAACGCGGGAGAACGAGAGAACGAGAGAGAGAGAGAACAAGAGAGAGAGAACGAACAAGAGAAAGAGAUGGAGAAAGAAAACGAGAGAGAACGAGAGAGAGAACGAGAGAGAGAGAACGAUAGAGAGAGAACGGGAGAGAGAGAACGGGAGAGAGAGAACGAGCGAGAGAGAACGGGAGAGAGAGAACGGGAGAGAGAGAGAACGAGCGAGAGAGAACGGGAGAGAGAGUGUCAGAAUUAUAUUUAUUAUAACUGCAUGUAGUUCUAGCUGUAGUGUAGUUAUUAAAUUUGCACACGAUGGUGCCCUGCUCGUCGUGCGCCCCGAGGCACACGAUCGGGCCCUUUUAUCCUACCCGUCGUGCGCCCCGUGGCACUGGCCCGCGACGGGCCUCUCCGCCCCUGCACUCCCUGCUGCCGCCCCUGACCCAUCUGCACCGACGCCUCUUCGCCGCUCUGCGGCUUUCUUCCUUCCCACCCCCCCCUUUCUCUUGUCUCCCUGCAGCCGUGGGGAGGAGGGUAUGGGGGUGGAGGGUGUUGGAGCGUGGGGUCAACUCUCUCCCUUCCCCUCCUCCUUCUUUCAGUCCCACCGCUGCAGCUGCCGCUGGGGGGGGAGGGUGUGA